AUGAGCUCUCUUUUUGCUAAUCGUCGCAAAGCUCGCAAGGUGGGUACGGACGAAGACGAUAAUGCGCAGAAUGGCAGCGAACAAGAGCCAGUCGUCCGGAGACCGAAUACGAAGCCGAAACAAAAAUCAAAAUUGCGCCUUUCGUUUGGACCCGGAGGGACUUCUAUGGCCGGUGAUGAGGAGAUGACCGAAGGCGAAGUCAUCACUCCCAAGAGAAUUGGAGCUAGGAAACACAUUAAAGAGAAAAGCGGGCUUCAGCGGGCUUGGGCACCGUCAGGGCCGUCUGAAAGUAUACCUCUCCGGGUUGGUCCAGAAGAAGAUCGCCCGACCUACAAUAAAGAAUACCUGAAGGAGCUUCGUAAUUCCACCCCAUCCACCCCGAAGCAGUCGGGCUCGAUACCUACUAGUGAGGACGAAAAAGAAAGGCAAUUAGAUAUCGCCGCAAAGUUUGGAGAGAUUGUGCAGGUGUCAAAGCCGUCCACCAUCCCCACUGAUGCUGAGAUACGCGAGAAGAAGGAAAGGCGUGCUCGCCUUGCCAUGCAACGGGGCGAAGACCAUGAACAAGAUUUCAUCUCUCUAGAUGAUACGGCUGACGAUGACUGGUCGUUCUCGCGAAAGAAGGAGAAAGUAGAAACAAGGCUUGUUCGGGACGACGAAGAUUUCGCGGAAGGGUUCGAUGAAUAUGUAGAAGAUGGCAAAAUAGCUAUAGGCAGGAAAGCAGAACGCGAAAAGCAACGGCGAGAGCGAGCGGAGAUGAAAGAACUGAUUGACGAGGCGCAAGAGUCUUCCGAGGCGGAUGACUCUGAAGCCGAGCGCAGAGCAGCCUAUGAAGCGGCUCAAACUCGCGCAGGAAUGGAAGGUCUGCGUCGCACUCACGAGAGCCUUCCUUUACGACCGAAAACGCCACCUAAAAUCACUCCGCUGCCACGCCUCGCAGACAGUUUGGCCCGGCUCAGGAAUUCCCUCAGCACGAUGGAAAACUCAAAGGUCCAGCUCGUUCUGAGGAUGGAGGAGCUUCGAAAGGAGAAGGUUGAGAUAUCGACCAGAGAGGUAGAGAUCCAAACGUUGCUGAAGGAGGCCGGGGAAAACUACGAGAGGCUCAGAGCUGAGGCAGGUCUCAAUCCGGGCGAUAAAAGUCUCAUUCCGGGGACUGAUGUCCAGGGUGAUAGAGGGCUGGAAAACCUAGGAGGACGCUCUGAACUACCAAAACCACGUCGUUGCGUUCCAUGGAUCGCAUCACCCCUGGACCAGACCGAUGAAGAGCAUCCACGUCUUAACCAUCAUACCGAUUCUACCCCUAUUGAAUUAUUCUUUGACCUUUUUUUCGUUGCAAACCUGUCUACAUUCACCGCCACUCAUGAAAUAAAUAAUCUGGAAGCGUUGUGGUCUUACGUUGGCUUCCUCAGUAUCAUCUGGUUUACCUGGCUUCAGGUGGCUCUGUUCGACAUUCGUUUUGCACAGGAUUCUAUAUUUGAGAGGAUUUGCAAAGCACUCCAGCUUGCGACUAUGGUUGGGUUUGCUUCAACUGGCGCCGGCUUCGCUACGCAAGUCCGUGAUGAGAACGUCUGGGCAUUUCGUUCGCUGAGCAUCCUUUUAGCCUCCAGUCGCCUGUUAUUAAGUGUCGAAUAUUCAAUAGCUGCAAUAUUUUUAUAUCGUACAAUGCAACUGGCUUCCAAGAGGUUACUGUGGAUAGUUGUGGUUUUCAUCGGAACUGGGGCUACAUACACCGGGCUUUACUUCGUUUUUAACAACAACACGGACACCAGAGGAGAAUAUGUGUGGACUUCUUGGUUCUUGAUAUUCGCAAUCGAAACCCUUGUUGUGAUGUCAGUAUCCAGUCGCACGCCCGGAAUUGGAUUUGAAAAUACCCAUCUCAACGUUCGGAUGGGCCUUCUGACGCUUAUCAUUAUUGGGGAAGGCGUUAUCUCCGUAACCAGACUCGUCAAUCAGACAGUUGGUUCUUCUGGCUGGUCGAAAUGGUCCUUUGUUCAUAUACUUGGCGUGACUACUGGAGUAUACCUUUUAUGGCAAUCAUACUUCGAUAUUUCGCCUCGUGUGAAAUACGGAAUAACCAACCAACAGAUCUGGACGCAGCUACAUUUUCCAUUUCACGUUAUGCUUGUCCUUCUCUCAGAGGGGUCCCAAAUUCUGGCCCUGACUCUAGACAUUUCCCUGAAACUCAGACAUUUGAGCGAUAGCAUUCUCUUUGCAUGCGAGCCGCCAAGACCAGACCCUCAUUUUGCUAUCGACCUACUCAACAGCACAAUUUUGGACAUGGACAUUGACUAUACCAGGGGUGGUCUUGAAGAGCGGCGCUGUAUACAAUCUAUCUUGCAGGAUCUCCGAAAUAGCCCCCAAUUGUGUCCAUCGUUUAAUGGCCCAGGGUCGCUCACACAUCAACGCUCGCACGACCUGAUGGGAAACGUGACAACGAGCCUCUUCUCAAGCAUGGGAAUAACGCUACCAGUUGACGUGGUGGAGAGCGAGAAGCUGUUGAUGUUGUACUUACGGCUGCUUGGGUUUGUGUAUAUAUACUAUUUUGUCGUCGCGUCGUUUGCUAUGUUCAUACUCGCCGCUUUUGUCUUUCUUACACAGCGCCAUGCUGGAAAAAUAUACGCAUGGGUGGCUAUUACAACUCGUGUUCUGCUGGGAAUUAUACUGCUAGGCAUGGUCGCAAUGGUGGCGAAUUUCCGUCUAAUCUACAGUUAUAUGACAAGCCCACUGAUUAUUUUUACGUUCACGUUGGCGCUACUCAUAGCGUUAUUGGUUGACAGAGUGUUGGAUUCCGUUGCACUGAAAGUGGGAAAACCAAAUAGUGAUAGGGAGGAUAGAGAGGUAACUGGGACGGAUACAUACGCCAUGUUCCAGCUCAGUCCUAUGACAACUUCUGUUUCUGAUGACAAUACGUUGGAUCAUUAA